ACAUUAUAAUUACCUAUUCUUAUAAUUUUCUGUAUAAUCUUCAAUGUAACAAAGAUCAAAAAAAUAAAUCUUGAAAAAAAGAAGAUAUAACUUAUUUGAAAAAAUAUAAUAUGGUGGAUUGUUAUUCAUUAAUAUCUCUAGUGAUUAUUAUUUUUGCUCAUGAGUUAUUUGCUGAAACUGUUAAGAACUGUGAGUAUAAUCAAUCUUUAGAAUAUAUAUUAAUACUUUUUAACAGACGGUUGAUACGCAUAAAUUUUUAUUUAAAUAACUUUGUACAAAUCUAAGGAUGACUUUCUACAUACUGACCUAUUUAAAAUGGGAACUAUAUUUCCAAAUUAAUUUAAAUUUCCAGCAGAGACUCCCAAUAUGGGUUCUAAUAAAACUUUGAAGCUGAUUGAGAAAAUAAGACGACAACUUAUGAAAGACAACUAUGAUUACCUGGAGUCAGAAGAAGAUGCCACCACACCGACGGCAGUAGAUAACCAACAAUCGACUACCAAGCACCACGAUCAUCGUAAUGAUUCAAUUAAAGUUUUUGGCCACCAAGGCAAAGCUGUGGCGCGACCAGAACAAUAUAAUGGACGCAUAGACGAACGUCACGAUAGAAUAAACCAAAAUCUGGACGCUCUCAACAUAUUCCCCGACCAAAGUGAUGACGAAUUAGAUAAGCUUCUCAACGAAAGUGAUAAAUAUGCUGACAUUACAGCUUUCAAACCGCCAGAGUUCAAUAGUAAAGAUUACCCUAACUAUCCAGACUUACAAAGAUCUACCAAUCGAAAUCAAAAUCACAUGAACGUGUCUCCUAAUCGUGGACAUAAAUCAACGGACCUGAUAUCUAAACAAAUAACUGGUUCAACUGCUAAUCGAAACAACGGUGAAUUAGACGCAUUCGAUCAAGGGGACGAUCGUUCAGAAAGAAAUAAAUAUCCCAAGCUGUCGGAAACUUACAUUGAGUAUGAAUCAUCUCCUGCAAAGACAUACAAUUUUCACAAACAAGCUUACGGUAAAAAAGAUGCGAUACCACGUAUUGUAGACUCCUGGAUACACAAUUAUGCGCCGAUUAAGCACCGUGGCUUUAGUGUAUCCCAACGAGACUUAUUGUACUACAUGGAUGACAAGAGGAUGCGCCGGAAAGGUGAAAUGGACGGUUUCCCAGUAGAAAAUGCAACCUCUGCUGAAUCAGAUGAUUAUAUCCAAGAUGUAACCAAUGAUACCACACCGACAGCCAAGUACAAGGUGAUAAAAGUCAAAGGUGCUAAAGAUAACCCGAGUCGACGGAAUAUGGCGAUCCGACGUUUUGUGGAAGAGAAGAAAGAUGACGAAGUCGCAAUAAUCCGACUGGAUGAUGGACCAUUCCCUCAGUUCACACUGCCACGCUCGCGUCGACAGUAUAUGUAUAGAGCAGACACGGGGCUUAACGGCACAAUGACAGAUUCCGACACCAGCUAA